GCUGAUUGAGGGACUCCCCUCUGCCUCUGACUCAAUCCAGACUUUGUUGGACUUCCGGACGAGACUACAAAUGGACGACGGAUGGUCUGAAUUCAGAGAUCUUGGCUUUGGGCUUUGUUCAGGAAUGUUUCUAGGACCUGCGUGAGCAGGAGGAGGGGGUGGAUUUAGGGAAUUCAUCCCUCUUUCUUUAAAGGCACCACAGAGAAGAAGGGAGAGAAUGGGGGCAGGAGCACUCACCAUCUGUCACAACAAAACAACCGUGCAGAUCAGGAUCAGAGAGGACAUGAAGAAGAUGGUCCAGCUGCCCGUGCUGAAGAAUCUGCCAACCUAUGCCACAGCUGGAGAUAAGAAAGGUCAGGGGGUGUUUGGCGUGAGCCUGAUGGAACUGAGCAAAUCAGGAUCAAUGAAAAACGGCAUGCCUUCUGUUUUGAGGAGCAUGGUGGAGUACCUCAUACAGCAUGGUCUUCAGCAGGAGGGUUUGUUUCGGGUGAGCGCCAGUGUGCGUGCUGUGGAGAGUCUCAAACAGAGGAUAGACAGAGGAGAGGAGGUGGAUUUUGAACAGGAGGCUGAGGUUUCCACCGUGGCCAGCUUGCUGAAGCUGUACCUGAGAGAGCUUCCUGAGGGCCUCAUUCACUCCUCCAUCCAUAACACUCUCAUACAGCUAUAUAACGAAUCCAGUGAGCAUGAGUUCCCCAAGACCAUACAACAACUUCUGUUGAAGUUACCAGACGUCCAUUACAGUGUCCUACGCUACCUGUGCCACUUCCUCACUCAGGUGGAAGAGCAGCAGUGCCACAACAGGAUGACUGCAUUUAACCUGGCAACCGUGUUUGGCCCAAAUGUUUUCCAUGUGUCCCCUGGUUUUGAAGGCAUCCAAGAGCAGGAUGUCUGUAAUAAGAUCAUGGCCAGGCUCAUUGAGAAAUACAGAACUAUCUUUGAGCCAGACGGAGGACAGGAGCAGCCUAAAACCAAGCCUUCAAACAUCAUCAUGGUCAAAGAGGCCCACAUGGACGUGACGUACACUGAUAGCAUGUCAACAUCCUUUCCAACACCAAAAGCACCUAUUCCACUUCCCAGAAAGAAGAAGGCCACACAGAGCAGUCCGGUUGUGGACAAGAUCUCACCAAGAGAAAAAGAGUCGAGCGUGAGAACCCCAGUUCCCACCCCGAGAAAAAAGAAGGUGAAGAGGGUAAGAGGUGAAGCAGCACCGAGAUCAGUACCCCAGCCUGUUCCUUCGACAGGUCUUCCUUUUUCUAGACAUUUAGCGAAGUCUCCAGAGCACACAGCAGACUGUCGACUUCAUACCCUGGGCUGGAGCUCUCAGGAGGAAAACAUGGAUCUGAACCCUCCCAAACUCAACCCCAUCGGGAGCAUGGACACAGUGAGAAGCUCUCAGGAGGACGAAAGACCAAUAUCUCCCUUCUAUGUGAGCUCCCAGCUCUCUCCUGGUCAUUACAGGCCUGACUUAGCACAUUAUCUGGAGAGGACGAUCCGCUCAGCGGUGGAGCAGCACCUCUUCGAUGCUCACAUGCAGCCAGAUCAGGGUUUACAGCAGAGCUCAGAGUCGGCAGGCCAACAAGCUUCAUUUCCUAUAACCGCUGCUCGUCAGAGGAGGCGACAGCAGAGAGAGAGUGAGGAGAACCGAGAGAGGAGCAGGUAUGACACUGAUAAGGAGAACAUCCCAUCAAGUGGGCUGAACAGCACUGCUAACGUUAGCAUUAGCAGCACCGAGGAGACUGAGAGGAGGCUGGCCACUGCUGAUGAAGACUCCAGGUCCAGGAAAGCCAAAUACAGUCCUACCCUUUCCGAGCUGUCUCAUAACCAAGGCUCACUCAGUCAUCACAGCGCACCCAGAUCACAUGAUAGAAACAUGGAAGACAAUAUGGAGGCUACAAAUAGCAGGGAAGCGUGGAAAACAAGCGACUUGCCUCGUCCCAAGACGCCUGCCAUGAAGAUCCAGGAGGCCAUCAACGGCCCAGAGCCUUCAGAACGCUGCGAGGACGUUCCUCGCCUCGACCUGUCCGCUUUAAUGGAGGACAGCAACUGGGGAGAACCAGUGCCAGCUUAUUCGUCGUGGCACAGAGACAACAUGGACAGUGAAGAAGCUCACCUAUCCCCCCACAGCGGGGGCAAAAUGAUCCGUCAGCUGCUGGAGGAAGACUCGGAUCCCAUGGUCUCGCCACGUUUUUAUGCCUACGGGAACUCGCAGCAGUACCUGGAUGACACCGAGGUGCCUCCCUCGCCACCCAACACGCACUCUUUCAUCAGCCGGCGGCGGAGUUCUUCGCUCGGUUCGUGUGAUAACGAAGUCGAGACCCUCACCUCGACGCAGCUCUCUAAAAAGAUCCACAACCUGAGGAAAAAGAUCCGCAAGUUCGAGGAAAAGUUCGAGGAAGAACGCAAGUACAGGCCGUCACACAGUGACAAAGCGGCCAACCCCGAGGUCCUGAGGUGGAUGAAUGAGCUGGCCAAGCUCCGCAAAGACCUCAAAGAGCACAGUUUGCUGAAGUCAGAGGAAGAUUUGGCUCCUUUGCCACGGCAGCGGAGCAACACACUGCCCAAAAGCUUCGGCUCUCAGCUGGAGAAGAAAAGCAGCGAGGCCAAAACGCCCAAACCGCCUGUGGAGAGCACACUGGAAACAGUGAUGAACAAACUUCUGGAGAAACGCACAGAGGCCGGCCGGCCUGAGGACAUCAAGGACAUGACCAGAGAACAGAUUGGUACAGAGAAAGUAGCCCUGCAGAAAGCGCUGCUGUAUUACGAAGGCAUCCAUGGCAGACCGAUCACAAAGACUGAAAGGCAGCUCAUGAAACCGCUGUAUGAUCGAUACCGGCUCGUCAAACAGAUCCUGUGCAGAGCGUCCACCAUUCCGGUGAUUGGCUCUCCAUCCAGCAAGCGCAGAGGCCCUCAGCUGCAGCCCAUUAUCGAGGGGGAACCCGCUCUUUUCUUCGACCACGGCAAGGAAGAAGAGGACGGCUCAGACGAAGACGGGGACAACAGGACGCAGUUUGCGCAGCUGACCGUGCGUCCGGAGCUGAGCAUGCUGGGAUUACUGGAGCACCUGGAUGAAGAGGUGGACGGUUUUGUUUCGCCUGUGGACGAGCUGUCCCCUUCAAAGAACAGCACCGACAUGAGAUUGUCCAACCUGCACGCCGCUCCCAUACAGGAACUGGUGGAGCAGCUCCAGGAAGCUCGGGAGGAGAAGAAAAGAAUCCGAAAGAACCUGCGCGAAUUCGAGGACCAGUUCUUCAGGCAGAACGGCAGAAACGUCCAGAAGGAAGAUCGCUCGCCAUUGGCUGAGGAAUACAACGAAUACAAGCACAUCAAGGCCAAGCUGAAGCUCCUGGAAGUCCUGAUCAGCAAAAGAGACUCCGCGAAGCUCAUUUAGCGUCCAGCGUUAAGGAACUUAAGCACAAGGACAAGCAGAGUCCUUCUCAAGCUCGUCCUAAAACCUAAAUAAGCUCGUCGAAAGCCCUCCUGUUGAAGGCGCACAUUGGGUGGAGGUGUGGGGCUUCCCCCCCCCCUAUUUCAAGCCAUCUGUAGCUCACAGGCAGAUUUGGCUGAAGAAGAUCCCCCCCCACCACCACCACCACCAUCUUCUCAUCACUGUUGGAUUCCUUCACCACUAUUCACAUACGAUCUCACGCCACUUCCGCACGGCUGGAAACAGAUGUCCUGUAUCUCAGUUCCAGCCAAAUGAACCAAUCAGCGGCGGCUUUUGGCAAACCAUGUUAUCUUAUAUUUACCACAUUUGUCACGCUCACCGCGUUUUCAUAUACGUCUGAUGUGUUCGAUUAAAUAAGUUGUUUUAAUUUAAUCGAAACGUUUUAAUGUCCGUGUAAUCAGUCAGAACAUAUUACAGGAUCGAAGGCCUCUUAAUUUUUUGAUACAUUAGGUGAUGCAUGAUUACCGCUAAACUGCCAGCCAAACGUUUUUAAACACCUGUUUCAAUUUGUAUAUAUACACGAAAAAAUACCAAAGAUGCUCGCAUCCUAGCGAGUUCAAUCCUGAUAAGCUGUGGGCGAGAAGAUUGCGCUACUCUCUCGCACCAAAAAUCAACCAAUCGUGCGAGUCCGUGUACGAGACAGAGGCACAGUGUUCCACGGCUCAGAAUCAAGAGCAGGACGUCCUAACCUUCAACCUUUCCCAAUCUCUACGAAACCGACUGUGCAAUCUAGCGAUUGCACUAGAAAACAGAUCGGACUCUGGAUCGAUUCAUUUUGUGCCUGCAAUUUGCACAAUGAUAUAAAGCUAGAUAUUUAUAUAAUGAGCUGGUCAUUUAUUUAGCACAGAUAAAACAUUUUUAGUGCGCCGGUGAUGUUUUUUUUCUUUUAAUCAAGAAUAGACGAACCAAAAGUAUGAAAUUUGCUCUGAUUUAUAUUCGGCAAAUUAGAAAUCAGUUUCACCUAAUAGGUGUAAAUCUUUGUUAAACAGAUUAGUGAUGUUCAAAGACAUUUGACUGGCAAUGUGGGAUUUGUUUUUUUUUUUUUUUAUUCACAAGAGGGAUUUCUGAAUCUGAAAUCAGAUAAGAAAAGACAAUUAAUGGGAAUCUUCAGGGAAAACCAAAAUAUAUGUAUGCCAUUAUUUUUUUUCUUUUGUGAAUUACAUCAUAAUUCAGUAUGGUGCCAUAUUUCACACAUUUCUAUUUGACAGAUGAAUAGUGUUGCGGCUUUACUGUAUUCUUCAUGCUUUCUCUGUGCAGUAAAUCGUCACAGUGUAGCCAAAUCCUAAGUUCUUUUUUUUUUUUUUUUUACUGACAAUCAGCUCAUAGUUUUCCUUUUUUUUUUUUUUUGCCUUUUCGUUCUUCAUGUUGCCAAGACGCACAACAUCUCGAUCUGAGAUCACCAGCGAAGCUGACAUCGCCUUUUUUUUUUUUUCUUUCUUGCGUGCAUUAUCAUUUUUUUUUUUCUAACCAUUGUAAAGUCACUGUGUAACAAUGACAUGGGCCAACAGCGUCACAGCAACCUGGCUGCCGUUUAUUAUUGCAGAGCGAUAGUUCUAUAUAUUAGAAAGAUAUAGAGUGAGAGUGAAAGAGAGAGAGCGAGAGAGAGAGAGAAUAGGUUUGGCUAAUAUAGAUUCAGUGUUUAAAAAAAAAAGCAUGUUAGUCUCUCCUGUUUGUCUCAAAAACAGAUAUUUAGCAGUGUGACCUUCGUUUUUAUUGAAUGUGAACACUGUUUAUAAUGAAUAAGGGUGUGUACAUUUUAGUACAUGAUUUAUUUCUAUUUUGUACAUAUGACUUAAAGCAAAAGUUAUUUUUACUGAA